GUUCCAGGUUCCGGGUGGGUGUGAGAGGCCGGCAAGCGAGGGGCCGGCGCUGGCGGCCGCGGACACAGGGCCAUGGAGAAGCUGCGGCGGGUCCUGAGCGGCCAGGACGACGAGGAGCAGGGCCUGACGGCACAGGUUCUGGACGCCUCAUCCCUUAGCUUCAACACCAGAUUGAAGUGGUUUGUCGUAUGCUUUGUGGCCGGCGUUUUCUUUUCCAUCCUGGGAACUGGAUUACUCUGGCUUCCCAAAGGCAUAAAGCUUUUUGCAGUGUUCUAUACCUUUGGAAAUCUUGCUGCAUUAGCCAGCACAUGCUUUUUAAUGGGACCUGUGAAGCAACUGAAGAAAAUGUUUGAAACAACAAGAUUGCUUGCAACCAUUAUUAUGCUUCUGUGCUUCGUGUUCACCCUGUGUGCCGCGCUCUGGAAUAAGAAGGGACUGGCCAUGCUGUUCUGCAUCUUGCAGUUCCUGUCCAUGACCUGGUAUAGUCUGUCCUAUAUCCCAUAUGCCAGGGACGCCGUGCUUAAGUGCUGCUCCUCUCUCCUGAAUUGACCCUCUGAAGCUGCUCCAGGAAAGCGCUUUGGGACGCACUUGCUCUGUUCUGAGCUGUCCCAUACAGUCACCACUCCAGAGGCAGCCGGCCACAGGGACUGCCAAGGGCCGCCCUGUGCACUGGUAAAACACACUUGCCUGACUGGGUGCCUCAGCGCUUGUAGCUUUAAAUUCACCCUGUCCUUAACCCGCUUCUCCAAAGAUAGAUUUUUAAUCAUUGCCAUUUGUAAAUAUUUUUUACCCAGUUUUUUAAUCUUUCCUAAACAGCUUUUGAAAUGUGAAUAUCUAAAGGGUAAACCUGUGCUGAGAGAUGUAUCCACUUUAUUUGGCUUUUAAGAGUUUUUUUUAACUUUAAAAAUGUGAAAUUUUAUAUGUCUAAGCUUAAAUUGCUUAUUACAUGUAAUUAAAAAUAAUAUAUAUGUACAAUUUUGAAAUAAAUCUACUCUUGGGAAAACAACAA